AUGCUGCUCUUGAUAAGCAUGAAGUAUCGGCCUUCGUAUGGAUGCUCCUUUUGCACCCAAAGAGAGCCAGCCGGAGCAAAAGAAGCGGCGCCAGCAGCAACAGCAGCAAUGUCCGGUUCUGGCAUAGGUGGUAGGUUCCCCAAAAGGGACUCGGGUUGUGUCGGUGCGGGCCAAGAAUCCGUGCUUUCGGGAAGACCCGCCGGGUCGCCGAUCUCUUUGCCUUGA